CAUGCCACCCUUGCCAUCUGGAGAAGACUGCACAAGGCUGACGCUGAGUUCCCGACAGAAUUGAGGAGAGGGUGCAGCGGGCGAUGGAGGAGAAUCCCAGCGACGAGGAUGACGCCCUUGCGGUGGAGGAGAUUGCAGACGGUGGAGGGGGAGGAGGCUCCAUGGGUGGGGAGGUUGAGGAGUUGGGCGGUGGCCAUCAUGUUGCUGGUGGCGAGGAGUGCACGAGGGCAGGUGUGACGGGUGGAGGCACAACUGCGGGGACACCUGCUUCGUCACACACAGUGCGGCAGAGGGGCCGCACGCCUGUGCAGGCGAGGCAGACGAGCAUCGUGAGUUAUGCGAAGAACCCGAGGCAGCAGGAGAUUGAUGACUCCUGUUGCGAGUUCUUCGUAGAGAACGCCAUCUCGUUCAACGCCGCGAAAAGCAAGAGCUUCAAGAAGUUCACUUUGGCGUGCUACGGGCCUCAGCCAUCGGUGAAGCACCCUCUUGUGCCCACCGGGUACAACCUGCUCAGAUGCAGACUCCUCGAUCGGUUGCACGGGAGGCUGAAGGAUGAGGACGAGGCGAUCCGGGCAGAGUGGGAGGUUGGCUGUGGUUUUGCUCUACCGUGGACAGCGAACGAGUCCCUGCUUGACGUUGAGGGGGGCAUAUGGAUGCAGGCGUCGUGGGAGCAGACGGAUGAGGGGAUGGGACAGGAGGAGCAUGAGCGGCAGGCACGUUCGUGGCGGAGAGACCCAUGCGGGUCCAAGCCACCUCCCGGUGGCGUUGCAAACAUUUUCUGUACUCUGGCGGAGAUGUUGAGGCCAUACCCUCGAGAUGACAACAACGACUUUUUUGAGGGUCAGGCUGAGGAGAGACACCGUGCGGGACCGUUUGGUGAGCCCUGGCUUGCUUUCUUUGCUGGAGGUGAUCGAUUGCAAGCAUUGCGGAACAAUGCCAAUGGGAGGUAUUGUCUGCAAGUUGGGGUGGACCUUACCGGUGGGAACCGGUCUCCAAUUGUCACACAAAUUCCAAUUUUGCCAGUGCCCCGUCUUGACAACGUUCAUGAGCACCAUGACUUAUCUUCUACUGGGUAUGAUGAUUUUUCUCCUGAUGGACCUUACCUGCUAAGUAAGAUUUACAUUGGCGCCAUGGACGAAGACAUGAAUGAUAACCAGGCUCUUACAUUUCGUGUCGGAAAUGAGCGGGAAUAUGGUGGAUUGUACAACUACACAAAUGGAAAGGUGGUUGCAACUCAUGGACCCUUGCCCACCUGUUGUUGACUGCUUGUAUCCAAAGUGAGGUAUACUGGCUGUGAAAGUCAGUUCAAAUGUUAAAGUGAUCUUCUGUUGGUCUCAACAGCCUUUGAUC